GCCGCCGUUAACUUUAACUGGAGAAAUAGCCAGCAUUUGUGUUGUUGCUGGGCGGACAAGUUGCAGUGCAGGCGCGUGCUCCGGGACUUCAGCGAGGGUGCUGUCCGGAAGCGCUGCGCUGCUAGAGUGACAACAAUAUUCCAACAGUAUGCAGGAUCCAAAUGCAGACACUGAGUGGAAUGACAUUUUACGGAAAAAAGGCAUCCUUCCUCCUAAAGAGAAUCUAGAUAAAGAAAAUGAGGCACUGGAGGAGGAGCUCAUUCAGAACCAGCAGUCGGUUGUUAAAAGAUAUGAAGACAUGACCCUGAAAGAGCUGGAAGAAAAUGAGGAUGAAUUUGGUGAGGAAGAUGAAAGAGCCAUUGAGAUGUACAGGCAACAAAGACUAACGGAAUGGAAAGCAAAACAGAUGAUGAAAGUGUUUGGAGAAGUUUUGGACAUUUCUGGACCAGACUAUGUACAAGAAGUGACUAAAGCUGGCGAGAGUCUGUGGGUAAUACUGCACCUUUACAAACAAGGGAUACCUUUAUGUGCCUUGAUAAAUAGGCAUCUAAGUGAACUGGCAAGGAAGUUCCCAGAGACUAAAUUUAUUAGAGCUAUCUCCUCAACCUGCAUACCCAACUAUCCGGACAGAAACCUCCCAACAGUCUUUAUUUACCGCAAUGGCGAUAUCAAAGCACAAUAUGUUGGACCCUUGUUAUUUGGAGGCAUGAAUUUAACAAAAGAUGAAAUGGAAUGGAUGCUGUCGAGUUGUGGUGCAAUCAAAACUGAACUGGAAGAAAAUCCAAGAAAACAAAUUGAAGAUAAGAUGAUGUCAUCCAUCAAGACUAGUGUUCCAUCAAAGGACAGUGAUUCUGAAGAAGAUUAGUAAUUUAAGUGCAGUGGGGUAGAGCUUCCAAUAAGGGCAUUGAAAGUAAUUCUGAUGUAGAGUGAAUCAAAGAUCAUGACUGUUUUUGUUCCCUGAAUUGAAGAAUGCAGAAUCUGCCAUGACCCUGCAAAACCAAACACACUUAAAAGGGAAUUUCAAAUUAAAAUUAAAAAAUAUUUAAAAUGCUUAAGUGGUCAUUUGAUGAAGGCUGAAUUGUUUAAUUGCAGAAGAAGAAAGGAAGAGGUGGAACUGAUGUUGCCAGACCUGAGAUUGGUGACUUCAUAUUGACAAUGUACCACUUGUUCAGUAAUCUGUUUCUUAAAACAUUGAUAAUGAUAUUUAAAAAUAAAUGUUUUCUUGUUGGAAUGAACCAUGGUGAUCAAGUUUGCUAGUAAAAUAACAAUAGGAUUCAGAGAGCUUGCAAAUCUUUGUUAUUCAUGUAUUUGCAUACAAAAAAAUCAACGUAAUUUAUUCAGCCAUAUCUUUAGUGACUAACAAAUGCAAUUAGAGCAAACUCUCAAUGGUCAAUGAUUUUUCCGAGGUAUGGGUGUUUGGCAUUUUUUGAAAAAAAAUAUUAAUGUGAAGUACAAUUUGUGUUGCGCUUAAGAAUACAAUUUGAGGAAAUUCCCAAGCAUGUAAUAUUUUUAAUAAUAAACAAUGCCAUUUUAAUCGUA